AGCCAGCCACUCCCCAUGCCUGUGGGCCCCCUAGUCCCUAUCCGUCUCAGUGCUACAGUGGAGGUCAUCCGAGUCGGAUGAUAGUACGCGUCCAGGCAUAUUCACGACGCGGGUAACUAAAAAAAAUACAGUUCUAAGGUAGAGGAAUAUCUUUUCGUCUAAAGGGAUAUCCCAGGGAUUCUACGUCCUCCAGAGUGGAUUUAGGGGACAGUAUUUCAUAUUCAGAGAGGGGGGGCUACACAUUCCAAGAUGGAGGUGAAGACAUCACUUCUGGAUAACAUGAUAGGGGUGGGGGAUAUGGUGCUGCUAGAACCCCUUAACGAAAACUCUUUCAUCGAAAACCUGAGGAAACGCUUUGACCACAAUGAGAUCUAUACAUACAUUGGCAGUGUGGUGAUCUCCAUGAACCCCUACAGGUCUCUGCCAAUCUUCACACCAGAGAAGGUAGAGGAGUAUCGCAACAGGAACUUCUAUGAGCUCAGCCCACACAUCUAUGCCCUGGCAGACGAGGCCUACCGUUCCCUGAGGGACCAAGAUAAAGACCAGUGUAUUCUCAUCACAGGAGAGAGUGGAGCCGGAAAGACUGAGGCCAGUAAGCUGGUGAUGUCAUAUGUGGCGGCGGUGUGUGGGAAGGGCCAGGAAGUGAACAAGGUGAAGGAGCAGCUGCUGCAGUCCAAUCCCGUGCUGGAAGCUUUUGGGAAUGCCAAAACCGUGAGAAAUGAUAACUCUUCACGAUUUGGGAAAUACAUGGACAUUGAGUUUGACUUCAAAGGAGACCCUCUGGGGGGAGUUAUCAGCAACUAUCUUUUGGAGAAGUCCAGGGUUUGCAAGCAGCCAAGGGGAGAGCGAAACUUCCACAUCUUCUACCAGCUUCUUUCUGGAGCCUCUAAUGACACACUGACGAAGCUGAAGUUGGACAGAGACUUCAGUAAAUACAACUACCUGAGUCUUGAUUCAGCCACCGUCAAUGGGCUGGACGACGCAGCAAGCUUCAGGACCGUCUGGAAUGCCAUGCAGAUCGUGGGCUUUAUGGAGGAUGAAGUGCAGUCGGUGUUGGAGCUGGUGGCAGCAGUCCUCAAACUGGGGAACAUUGAGUUCAAACCAGAGUCCAGGGUCAACGGCUUCGAUGAGAGCAGGGUCAAGGACAAGAAUGAUUUGAAGGAGAUGUGUGAGCUGUUGGGGAUUGAGCAGUCUGUGCUGGAGAGGGCGUUCAGCUACCGCACAGUGGAAGCUAAAAUGGAGAAGGUGUCCACAACACUCAACGUGGCCCAGGCCUACUACGCCCGUGAUGCCCUGGCCAAGAACCUCUACAGCCGCCUGUUUAGCUGGCUGGUCACCAGGAUCAAUGAAAGCAUAAAGGCUCAGGCCAAAACACGCCACAAGGUGAUGGGAGUCUUGGACAUCUAUGGCUUUGAAAUAUUUGAGGAUGGCGACAAUAGCUUUGAACAGUUCAUCAUUAACUACUGCAACGAGAAGCUGCAGCAGAUCUUCAUCGAACUGACGCUACGUGAAGAGCAAGAGGAAUACAUCCGAGAGGGCAUUGAAUGGACCAACAUAGAGUAUUUCAACAACGCCAUUAUCUGUGACCUUAUUGAGAAUAACCAGAAUGGUAUCCUGGCCAUGUUGGAUGAGGAGUGUCUCAGGCCAGGCACUGUGACUGACGACACCUUCCUAGACAAGCUGAACACCAUCUGUGCUGAGCACCAGCACUUUGAAAGCCGCCUCAGCAAGAACUCUAAGUUCCUGACAGAUCACAGCCUGCCUCACAGCUGCUUCCGCAUCCAACACUAUGCCGGGAAGGUGCUGUACCGCGUGGAGGGAUUUGUAGACAAGAACAAUGACCUGCUGUACAGAGACCUGUCCCAGGCUAUGUACAAGGCCACGCACAGCCUGAUGAAACAGCUGUUCCCUGAGGGAAACCCUGCUAAGGUCAACCUGAAGAGACCCCCCACCGCAGGCUUCCAGUUCAAGGCCUCUGUAGGAGGACUCAUGAGGAACCUACAGACCAAGAACCCGAACUAUAUCCGGUGCAUCAAACCCAACGACAAGAAGGCGGCGCACAUCUUCACCGAAUCGCUGGUGUGUCACCAGGUACGCUACCUGGGCCUGAUGGAGAACGUCCGUGUGAGGAGGGCCGGCUAUGCCUUCCGCCAGUCCUACGAGUCGUCUCUGGAGCGUUAUAAGAUGCUCUGCAAGCAGACCUGGCCCCACUGGAGAGGAGCUGCCAGGGACGGGGUGGAGGUGCUUCUGACAGACUGUUCCGUUCCAGCUGAGGAGUUCGCCUACGGACGCUCCAAGAUCUUCAUCAGAAACCCCAGAACGCUGUUCACCCUUGAAGAGAGGAGGAGGGCUUGCCUGGAGGACCUUGCCACACUGAUCCAGAAAAUAUACCGCGGGUGGAGGUGUCGUACUCAGUUCCUGCUGCUAAAGAAGAGCCAGGUGGUGGUGGCAGCCUGGUACCGCAGAUAUGCACAACAGAAGAAAUAUCAGAAGAUCAAAAGCGCUACACUGGUGAUGCAGUCUUUCAUCAGAGGGUGGAAGGCCCGCAAGAUCUUGCGACAGCUGAAGUACGAGAAGAGAUGCAAGGAGGCCGUGACUACCAUCGCAGCGUAUUGGCACGGAACUCAGGCUCGGAUGGAGCUGCGGCGCCUAAAGACGGAGGCGCGGAAUAAGCGUGCCGUGUCUGUCAUAUGGGCAUACUGGCAGGGGACCAAGGCUCGAAGGGAACUGCGGCGGCUUAAGAAGGAAGCGCGAGAAAAUCACGCCGUGUCUGUCAUUUGGGCCGGCUGGCAGGGGACCAAGGCACGCAGGGAACUGAGGCGCCUGAAGGAGGUCGCCCGGCGUAAACACGCCGUCGCCGUCAUUUGGGCCUACUGGCAGGGACUCCAGGUCCGCCGGGAAUAUAGAAAGUUCUUUAGAGCCAACGCUGGCAAGAAGAUCUACAACUUCACUAUCCAGAGAAUUAUGCAAAAGUACUUUUUGGGACUGAAGACCACCAUGCCCUCCAUGUCCCCUAUAGACAACACCUGGCCUGCCCGACCGUACAUGUUUCUGGAGGGAGCUCACUCUGAGCUCAGGAGGAUCUUCCAUUUCUGGAGGUGCAAGAAGUACCAGGGUCAGUUCACAGAGGAGAAGAAAGCUGUGUACGAGGAGAAACUGGAGGCCAGUGAGAUCUUCAAAGACAAGAAGGCCCUGUACCCCAGCAGUGUGAGCCAGCCUUUCAAAGGAGACUAUCUGGAGAUCCAGAAGAACCCCAAAUACCAAAAGCUCAACAGUGCUGUGGAAGAUAAGGUGCUAUUGGCUGACGUGGUUAAUAAGAUCAACAGGGCCAAUGGCAAGGGGGCACCCAGGCUUUUCCUGCUGACCAAAAACAACUUUGUCCUCGCUGACCAGAAGACGGGUCAGGUGAAGGCCAGCGUGCCCCUGCCGGACCUCACCAGCGUGUCGGUCAGCACCCAGAGCGAUGGCUUCUUUGCCCUCAAACUCAAAGAGGGUUCGGCUUCAGCUGCCAAAGGUGACUUCCUGCUGAGCAGCGAGCAUCUUAUCGAGCUCAUCACCAAACUCCAUCGCACAGGGGCCACCGCUGCGGACAGGGACCAGAUAAAUAUUGACAUCUCGGAUGAGUUCCUGGUGCAAUUUAACCAGGACAAGGUGUGUGUCAAGUUCAUCCAGGGAGGACCGAAGAAUGGAAACAGCGCCGCCUGCAAACGCAAGAAUAACCGUCUACUGGAGGUGUCUGUGCCCUCGUCGCCUUAGAUACGGCGCAGCCUCCUAACAGCCCCUCUGACUGGGUUGUCAGAACGGCUCACCAUCAGACCUAAACUCCAUCCCUGGCCCGCCCCUAAUGACCGUGCAAUUACUUCACCUUUUUCCCCCUGUCUCCUAUGUCCCAUAUUCAGACUUUUUGCAUCACUGUAAUAUUUAACUGCGCUGCCACUUUGGUAGAGAGCAAAAGACCCACAGGAUUGCAUGAUGAUAGGUUUGUAAGAGAAAGAAAAGAUGCAAAGACCGUUUGUUUUACUUGUAUUGUAUUUUAAAAGAUGGGACUGUGUGAAAGAAAGAUGAAGUGUUAAGAAAAUGCAGUCAGAUUCUGGUGCCUAUUUUUGAGCUUGGUGUUGUCGCUGUGACCAUGAGACUCACCAAGCCGUACCUUAUUCAGAGAUCUUUAAAGGAUAAAGGAAGUGGAGACACCAUUUACAAAUCUUAUCACUUUGAGCUCUGAAAUGGUAACGAAGUUGACCAGAGAAUCUUUAGGGAGGCUCACGAGUUUUCUCUGACAUAAACAAAAAAAAAACUGAAAAAAAUACACUUGUAAUGUUCACCUGGGUGAGUAAAAAUCUAAAAUAUAUUGACUGGGUUUUUUCUACCUUCAUUGUGCUUUGCCGAAACCUAUACAGGUAACUGUAAAGUUUGUUGUGAAGUCGAAUCAACACAGUUGAUUAAUUAUAGUCAAAUAAUUAUAAACCACUUACUAUCCACCAUUCCUAUGUGCCAUUCUGCCAGCCCUACUCUUUGGUGCCAUGACGUGUUGCAUGUGUCAGUCUGUAGUCAUGAAGUCUAACUGAAACCAACAAGGAGAAAGGUCCUUACUCAGUUUCUUUAUAAGUAAAUGCCAAAAACAAAACAUUGGAACAUAAAGGGUGAAUUACUCAACCAGGACCGAUGCUUUAUUACAGCACUCUGCACAUGUGAUCAAUAUCUGUUUCCUUACGCUCCCAGAUGUCCUCAAAUGACCACCCCCCCAGCCUAGCCAGACUACUUUGCUGAUUCAAGGCUGAUCAGUCUGAGGUUUUUUUAAAGCCAAAAGCCUGCUUUUUUUUUUCCAAAGGCCCUCUUGUGUGAAAUUGAAGGGAAUUUAGCUAUUUGUCUGUAACACUGCCUUGGCUAGGCUAAACCAUCUCAAACAUCUCUUGUCUCUUUGGCCUGAGAGUAGUAAAGUAGCAUGAGAAUGCAGCAUGUCAACAUACCGGUCACAGUGGUGUCCCUCACCAUGUGACUGAUGUAUUUCAAGUGCAUGGCGACGAGAGAAACACUCAGUCACUGACUGUAUCAUACACAUCAGCUGUACAUAGGCUAAGAUGUAGACCCAUCAUGAGUGGAGUACAUAGAGGUCAUUUAUAGUAUCCUUAUGCCAGUUCUCUUACUGCUAUGUUACAAAAAUAUCUACAUGUUUUUGCCAUUGCAACGUUUUUUGGUUUUUAUUUAGUAGCCCCACUGGCUAAUAAUAAAUGCAGUGUUUUUCUUGGGACUGACCCAGUUUCUUAAGUGCAUAUGGCCAUAGUAUUCUUAAGAAUUGUUUUCAGAACUGCUAAAAAAAACAAACAAAACAAAAAAAAACAAGCAAUCACAGCUUUACUGUCUACUCCGCCUGUGUACAAAUUUGAUUACUGUAUACACACAAUCCAGUGUCACUGAUCUUUGAAAAGUGAGUGCUAUAAGUCGAAGUAUAUUAAAUUAUAUUCUUUAUCUGAUGUUUUAGUAUGGGAUUUUGUACUGUUAACUUUAAACAAAUGGGUUCUCUGGUGAUGGGAAUGUGGAAGUUAUAGCUCAGCAAACCGCUCUAGAUCAAAUUCAUAUAGAUUAUGCUUUAUUAUGUAUGGUUUAAUAUGUUUUGGUUAUUCCACUGAAAAUCAUCUGGUGGACUAGAGUAAAGAUUGUUCCUUGCACAUGGAAUGGAAUAGAAGCGUGUUUGUUUCUCUGUUCAGUUCUGUACAGUUUGAAUUUCAAUGCGGUUGGCAUAACUCUCCCCUCCUUGAUGUUCGUAUUUGAAGUAAAACACAAUAGUAGAAACACAAGAUGAUGUAUGAAUUUUUGUUGUGUGCCUAAUGGAACCUGUGCUGCCAGACAGAGAACAUGGAAGUGUUUAAAUAGUACUCAAUGUAACAAAUUUUCAGUACAAGUAAUCUUUUUGUAAUUAAAAAAGCAAUACCUAAGUUUU